AUGUUGCCCACCGGGCUAGGGACUAUGUCAUGGAGUUUAAUUUUGCAAAUCCCCAUCUGUGCUUUAAGAAGAAGAUUCCCUCUGGGGAUGAGAAUGUCGAUUGCCGGCCUGGUUGUUACAAUGGUGGAUGCGGGGUGUUUCAAUGAUGGUGUAAUGGCUAUGGGGGCUGUCAUUCGGGAUAGCCACCGCAAUGUGAUUAUGUCUUCUUGUUGCAGGAAACGGGUUGAUGUGGACCCAUGUACAGCGGAAGCGAUGACAAUUGAAUGGGGACUCAGUUUGGCCUGCCAUUUAAAUUUCAAGAAGAUUAUGCUGCAGUCUGAUGCUAAGGUUGCGGUUGAUUGUAUCAAUCACCUGAUCCAGCAUGCGAAUCUUGGCCCUUUGGUGGUGGAUUGUAAUAGUUUAAUGAACAAGUUUGAUUUUAUUUCUGUUAUGUUUAUUAUGCAAACUGUCAAUGCUGUUGCUCAUAAUUUAGUUGGUUUAGGUAGAAGGAUUGGUAGUAGAACUUGGUUGGAUUUCACCCCAAUGAUGUCUGAUUACCCUGUACCGUCUUCGUUUGUUUCAUUUUAA